CCGGGGAGCAAAAAGACCGCACCAUGAUUGGCUGCACUCCAGCCAGUCGCAGGAAAAUAGGCCAGAAACCAUCACUCGCCCAAAAGAUCGAAACUGCAGCGGCAGCGGCGGCUCCACGUGUGCCUGACUGGGACCGGAGCGGCGGCGGCUCCAGCUCAGGGUGCCAUCAGCGCGGCUGGAAAGCUGUUCCCCAGGCCGAGCUCCCAAAGGAUGUGUCAGCAGCACUCCUGAUGUCUCGGGAGCAAGGUGCUAUUUGAUCCAGGUGAAGAAAUGCCGGCUGUGAGCAGAAGAGAGAAUCCAUGGAGUCCAUUGUUAGACUUGCUAAUGGCCCCCGGCAUCUCCAGGAGGGACCAGCAGCCGCGCUUCCACACUUGUUUGGGGCCCAAGAAGCCUCUUGGCAUAAGCAGGGGGAUGCCACUUGUGAGUGUGCAGUGAGUGCAGAUGUGAAGAAUGGAUUCUGCACCAGGGAUGCGAGUGUGAGGGAGCCCCUGGCUCCCCAGAGUACAGCAGCAACGGGCAAUGAACACAAAAAGAGCUGCUCAGGAUUCUUGGGUGAACAGUUCAGGCGCCAUCCCGUGGGCACGGCGGUGCUGAUUCUGCUGCUCCUGGUGCUGGUGCUGGCUUUGGGGGCGGCCUUGGCUGUGCUGGCAGCACCACAGGUUCCAGUCACACCUGCGACUCCACUGUUGGUUCUGUGCUGUCCCCAUGACUGGAUUGGGCACAAGGGGGUCUGCUACUACUUGUCAAAGGAUUAUGGCACAUGGGAGCAGGGUCAGGAACGGUGCUCCGAGCUCAAUGCCUCCCUGGCCAUUGCCAAGGAUGAGGAGGCCAUGGAUUUGCUCUUCCGCCUCCGCGGGAACGGCGAUUUCUGGCUCGGGCUGCGCAGACGGGGCGAGCGCCUGCACUGGGGGGACGGCAGCAGCUACAGUUCCCGGGUUCCUGUCUUUGGCAAUUCCGAGUGUGUGUACCUGGCUGACGAGAGAUUGAAGAGUGACAAUUGCUCAAGUGAGCGGCCGUAUCUCUGCUGCAAGGCCCAAGCUCCCCUGUAACAGGGGCUGCACAAAGGACCUUCUCCACGCUGGGCAGUGCCAGUUUCACCUCUGAGCCCAGCACAGCGCUGUCCUUCCUCAGCUGCGCCCUGUGCCUUGCACUUCCUCUCAGGGUCACCUCAGUGCCUCUUCACCCCCAGUGCCAGCGCUGGGCUGGGGCUGCAAAGGAAAAGUCUCUGCAAUCCAUCCUGCCACCGAUGCUGCCUGCAGUGAGUGCGUUGCCCUCAUUACACAUGAGAAACUUGGCUCACUCUUUACACUUUUCAUAAAAGUUAAUUGAGGGUUAAAAUCUUGCCCUGGGAUGCUUGUCUGCUUGCACAGGGUUAACUUAAACUAUGUUCUGUAUGUACUGUUACAUAUGAGUGCCAUGUGCACAUUUUUAAGUGUUUUUAAGAAUUCAAACUUAACUUUCAAUUUACAUGUUUUACUGUUUGUUUUUAACAUUUGACUUCUCUUCAGGCCAUCUCUGACACACAAAAAAAUUAUAUAUUUUAUGUUUUCUUGUGGUUUCAUCUUUUCGUAUUUUCACUCCCUAAUAACAAGGGUCCAUAAAAUCUUUUUAUUUCCCAUG